AUGUAUUAUAAAACUUUUGUCAAGCUGGGUUUUACCGAUUCGAACCUAUCUCCGGCUGAUUAUCCUUUAUUCGGCUUCAAUGUUAACGCAGAGUACCCUUUGGGCAAGAUCACACUGCCUGUACGGGCCAGAACCAGAUCAGUAGACGUAGAAUUUCUGGUUGUUAAGCUCCCUUCGCCGUAUAAUCUGAUCAUGGGCAGAACUUGGUUACAUACGAUGCAAGUCGUGCCAAGCACCUACCAUCAACUGCUCCGUUUUCUGACUGAGUACGGUAUUGAACAAAUUUGCGGCUCUCAAAAAUCGGCGCAGGCAUGCUAUCUUUUAGCUGCGAAGAGACCGAAGGAACUGGAGGUGCAUUCAAUUGAGGUACCGGAUAGGGAGAGUCUCGAUGACAUUGUAAGGAUCCCAAGUGAAAAAGCAACCGAAGCCCUGCACCAGGUUGAAAUUGAUGAAAAUCCUAACAAGUUCUUCAUGAUCGACGCUUCCUUGGAUAACGUCGAACGGCAGGAAUUGGUAGCCUUCUUACUCGGCAAUACUGAUGUGUUUGCAUGGUCUACAUACGAAAUGCCAGAAAUAGAUCCAUCGGUAGUCCAACACCGCUUGAAUGUUGAUCCAAAGUGUAAGCCAAUUGUUCAAAGAAGCCGACGAUCAGCCGCGGAGCAUACUUUGGUCGUCAUUGAAGAGGUAGAUAGGUUACUUGAAGCCGAGGCGGUCCGCGAAGCAGCUUAUCCUACAUGGUUGUCCAAUACUGUGGUCAUAAAGAAGAAGAACAGAUCUUGGCAUCAAGGCAGAGCAUUUGAUUGGACUCCCGAGUGCCAGGCUGCUUUAGACGGCCUGAAAUCUUACCUCCGAUCAGUUCCGCUCUUGGCAACUCCUGCAGCCGGCAAUCCACUCAUUCUGUAUCUGGCAGUAUCCGAUAGGGCGGUCAACACCGUAUUGUUAAAAGAAGAACUAGGGGAGCUGUGA